CUUUACGCGCAUCUUUAACCUCCGCUUUCCUGUCAUGCGAUUCACACCCAACGUCCACUCAACCGAUCUGUGAGAGGCACACCGCUUAGAGACGAUGGGUAUCAAACAACUCUACCAUGUCAUCGCCGAAGAGGCGCCUGACGCCAUCAAGACUGGUGAGAUCAAGAACCACUUUGGAAGGAAGGUUGCGAUUGAUGCGUAUGCCUCGUAUACCCUCCCGAACCCGCAAACGGGUGACUGACUCCCGCAGAUCGAUGAGCAUCUACAGCUUCCUGAUAGCGGUCCGCUCAGAUGGCCAACAGCUCAUGUCCGACACGGGCGAAACCACGUCCCAUCUCAUGGGCAUGUUCUACCGCACCCUGCGCAUGGUCGACAACGGCAUCAAACCACUCUACGUCUUCGACGGCGCACCGCCCAAGCUCAAAUCUGGAGAAUUGGCCAAGCGCUUUGCUCGGAAGAACGAAGCGAGUGAUCAGCAUGAAGAGGCAAAAGAGACCGGUACGGCGGAGGAGGUUGAGAAAUUCUCAAGGCGCACAGUCAGAGUCACGAGGGAGCACAACGAAGAGUGUCGGCGGCUGCUUAAGUUGAUGGGCAUCCCCUACAUCGUCGCCCCUACCGAGGCCGAGGCCCAGUGUGCGGUCCUGGCGCGUGCCGGCAAGGUGUACGCGGCGGCGUCGGAAGACAUGGACACUUUGACGUUCAACUCGCCCAUCUUGCUCCGUCACCUGACGUUCAGUGAACAGCGCAAGGAACCCAUCCAGGAGAUCCACCUCGACAAGACCUUGGAGGGACUAGGUAUGGACAGGAAUCAGUUCAUCGACCUCUGCAUCCUUUUGGGGUGCGAUUAUCUGGACCCUAUCCCCAAAGUCGGCCCGAACACCGCGUUGAAGCUCAUCCGAGAGCACGGUUCUCUGGAGGGGGUGGUCGACUUCAUCGAAAACGACCCCAAGAAGAGAUAUACAAUUCCCGAAGACUGGCCGUACAAGGAGGCGAGAGAGCUGUUUCUGCACCCAGAUGUGCGGUCCGCCGACGAUCCGGAGUGUGACUUCAAGUGGGAUGCUCCUGACGUCGAGGGUCUCGUUCAAUUCCUGGUCCACGAGAAGGGCUUCAACGAGGACCGCGUGCGAAGUGCCGCUCAGAAAUUGCAGAAAAAUGUCAAGACCGCCCAACAGUCGCGACUCGAGGGGUUCUUCAAGACCGUACCCAAGACCGAGGAGGAAAAGAAGAGCCUGAAACGCAAGCACGACGAGAAGAUCGCGGAAGCGAAGAAGAAAAAGAAGGAGGAUGCCAAGACCAAGAAGGAGUCCAAGUCCAAAGCACACCUAUCGACGUGAGAAGAGUGGUGCCCAUGUAUAUUUGGGAACGGGGCGCCUGCAUUUUACGACGCAUGAGGUUAGGGCGAAGGCAGGGUUCAAAACUACUGUGUACAACACGGACCUAGGCACACAGCAUGGCGUUCUGGAGGGUAGACAGGCCAGCGUGGACGGCAAUCACCCAAGGGUGUGCUCACGCCACGAGAUUGACUCGAGUUAAUGCGCUGGGCACAGAUUACAGAAGGUUGAGAUAGGAUUGGCUCUAACCUGUCCGGGAGCAUCUCACAUGAUCCGGCAGAUCGGAUCCUCUCAAUCCCAAUGGCUGAGCUUGAUCCAUCCUCCUCUCCGGUCUCUGGAGCCAUCCAGCCAGCAUCUGAAUGAACCACGUUAAUGUCACCCUCAAUUGUGAAACGCAGGGAAGACUCAAGUCGCCGCUUAGACAACGUAGGCCACUAGCUAUUCUACAUGACCCAGCUAAUGAUAAAGUGGUGGGUGUCCCGA